UCUCAUCAGACGCACACCUCACCUUUGUCUCACACAAACUUUUGUCCUCCUCCUCUCUUUCACCUCAUAGAUUUUUUAAUAAACCAAACUGACCAAGACAGAAGGAGCUCUAAUCUGUAGUGCAUCUGUUAAUGAGGCGCAGAUUACAGAAACUUUGGAAGAUUUUUGGCGUGGUUUGGUGGUAACGCUACUAAUGAUUUAUGUGGUUGAGUUUGCCGUGUGAAGAGCGGAAGUAGAUAUUAAUCUGAUCAGUGGCAUGGGUUGGUUGGUUAGUGGUUUAAUAACUAAAAGUUCAUCAUCUCCUCAAAAGUCAUUCAUGGUUCAAUUCUCCAGAGAAAGCAGGAGGAAGUUGGAUUUGUGAGACGGUUUAAAUACAUACAGAGCAGUGAUUCAUGCAAAUUAAUUCGAAUGAAACUGUGUCUUGGAAAUUGGUGGAAAAAGGAUGGAAAGUUGAGAAUCGCUAAUAGGAACAUGACAUUGUUGCAGUGGUGACUUUUUUUGCAUGACAAGUGGACAUAUAUAUAGAUACACCUUAAAUUGUGGCCAAUUGAUUAAGACGAGAAGCCAAUAAAAUUAACUGAAAGGAGCACAAUUUACCGACCAUUCAAGGCGACUUGCAACUUUUGUUGGUGCAUUUGUAAGAAAAACGAGAGUGAACAACAAAGUGAAUCAUUGCAGUUUACGUACGUGGUUUAAUAGCUGCUAGAUAGUUUUCCGUUAUUCCAUUACAUAAACGAAAUUUAUAGUUAACCACCACAACAAUUCCGCCUCUCUCAAGGUUUAACAGAUUCGUGUGCGAGCGUAGUUUGUGUUACAAAUUGUUGGCCAAAUCAAUUUGUAUUCGCAGUCGUGGAGGUUUCCUAUCUCGCUGAAUGAAAACAAGCCAUUAAUUUUUCAGAGACUUGGCUCUCCACAAUUUCUUCUACUCGAACAAUACUUCGACGUCUGUGUGUUCUUCCGCGAAUGAAAGAUUGAGACUAAUUCACUCGCUUGGUAGACAUGCACCCUUGAAUUAGACCUUUGUGGGCAGUUGGAUUUGAAUGGAGGAAUAAGAAAUGCUCGUAUCCGCCGUUUUUGCAGGACACUCCUGCUGGUAGUCAGACUCGGUCCCGAGGAGGAGACAUGAGACAGGCAGCAAGCCCACUCAUCGCCCCGAGUGACAGGUAUCAUCAUCCCCCUCACACGCAGCAACAAGUUCCAUCAACAUCUUCGGAAAGGUAUCAUCACGAUGAUGAUCACCAGCAGCAGAAUCAGGUCUAUCUGCUGAAUCACCACUACCGCCAAUACCCCAGCCCCAUUCCACCCGAACAGGAGGAACUGGACAUUACAAAACCGACAAUCACCAUGACGGGUAACGGUUUCUUUGUCGCCAGUUCAGGUGGAAGUGGUCGUGAUUUAGCCAAGAGUAAAAGUGGGACUUUACCCGAUCGCUACACAAUUCCGCCGACACAAGGUAAUCACCCCACCCCGACGACGAGAGGGUUCCGCGACACGUUCGUUUCCAGCAUGACAUCGUCCCCACAACCGCCGCCACGUUCGUCCACCUCCGCCAGUCCGCAUCGCUCCUCGUCCAGUGGUAAUCGAAACAAUGAAAUCGUCAAUUCAUCGUCAUCCCCUGCAAAAGAAAAUUCUACGAAUGGGAACACGAACACGAACAAGAAAUGGACAUUUGGAGGACUUUUUAAGAGGAAGGUGAAAACUACUUCGACGUCUCCUGCUGGUGGUGGUGGUGGCAAUAUUAAUAGUCAAAGUCCAUCCGGACUUCAUCAUCGCACGUCAAGCCCAAUGGGAGGACGAGGUUCAAUGUCACGCUCUUCUCCUUCACCCAACUCCGGAAAUGCACCCAUUUCCACCCACCCACACUAUGCAAAUCCACACGUUGCCCAGUUGAGCAGUCCACAAAUCUACGCCAGGCGAAACCACCAGAGCCCAUCCAACCUUAUUCAGCAACACUAUCUCCGCAGCAGUGUUGGGAAUGUUUCCUCAUCCGGUCCUGCUGGUGGUGUAAACGGUAAUAAAUAUGUUAACAACACUACUCCUCCUCCUCCCACGCAGCAACAAAGGCAAAUCUCCCUAGCACGGCAGCAACAGCCAGGAAAACCCUCAGAGAGCGAGCUCACCAGCGAUGAUUCUGAACUCGAUGUUCGAAACCAGCAAAUCCAAAAUCAGCAACAGCCGGUUUCCUUCAAACAAAACUUUCUCACUCGCCGACUUUCUCGUCGUAAAGAGAAAGCAGCUGCGAAAAAGAAGGAGCGAGGAGGAGGCGGCGGGGUGGAGGCAAGCAGUAAUGGAUUGUUGAAGGUGCCAAGUAAAUUGAACGACGGGAAACGAGUGGGAUCCAGCCCCGAAUCCUUGAAUAAUGGAAAUACUCUUGCUACCAAUAAUAUCUUCAACUCGUCUUCAAACGGCCCUUGGCCCAGUUGGGAAAUCACAAAGAAAGUGGUUCCUCAGCUCCAAGUGGUAAAUAAUUACUCGAGCUCGGGCAGUCUGUCGCUGAGUCAGGAGGGUUCUUCUUCUCGAGGGUCAAGGGCGGCGGUGAAGGAGGCCGUCAAAGCGAGGGCGGUAGCCAGGAGGGAAAGUUUCAUCCAAGACAGCUCCUCCGAUGAUGACGACGGAGAUGAGAGGCGGUCAAGAAGCUCGGUUCAAGGGAGCCACUCCUCCCUGACGCCGUCGAGAGGUCAUCUAAAUAAUGGCAGUGGUGGCGUUGCUCGAAGGCAGCGUCCACAUUCCAACUCCAUUCUCCUCAACAGUAACCAAAUAAAUAACAAUUAUCCUCCUCAAGGACAACCUUUCCGUCCCGUGGUGGCGGGCGAGUAUGUCGUCACGAGUCGAGGAUCCGCACCUUCUAGUCCAGCCAAAUUUGACCACCAUAACAACAACUCUUCCUCCCCCCACCAAGUCAGGAAGGCGCCUGGGUCGCCACGUUGGGAGGCAAGGGUUGUCUACACGCAGGAGAAUCACGAGAAUGAGACGCCCUUCAUUGUCAAAUUGCCAAGAAACCAAGUAGCAUCUCAGCAACUUCGACCCCCAUCAGCAUCCUCUGGCUACGUGUUGGACCCAGUGCUGCUGGAUGAGCAACAAGUCAUCACGGCUGGGCUACGUGUCCCAAUAAUUGGUCAAACUGGUGGUCAACAGAUCACGGAGGAAGUUCAUUACGCCAAUUUGCCCAAUAACGCCACGCCACCGGCCAGAUUCCGAAGUGCGACGCCACAGUUGAAUUACUCGAAUAAUGUGAACGCCUCGCCACCACCCCCACCGCCCCCGCGACGAGAGUAUAGUCGUCUAUUGCCAAAUACUAACAACAACUUUUACCGACCCGUGUCAUGUUCAUACCUCGAUACGUACAACCACCAGACAGGAUAUUAUAAUGCCCAAAACCCUUCUGUGAGAAAUGCUAGUCCAAGUCCGGCCAACAUUAAUGGCGCAACAACGAGCUUUGGUGGGAACGAUCCCAGGGGACAUUAUUACGACACGCAUCAUAAUAAUCAAUCAACACCACCAAACUACCAACCGCAGGUGCAUCAUCCGCAUAACGGGAACUAUUACUACGCCAAUAAUGACCAAGUGGACAAUAUUCGAGCAGCCAACAACAAUUUUCUGAAUCCUCAUCCUCCUCCGAAUAAUAAGAAUCCAUUGAUCCGAUCUCCCAGCGAACCUCCGGAAGUUUUGCAAGUUCAACAUCAAGCAAUGAGGGACGCGGCUGCCUUACGCAGGAAUGCGUCCACACCAACGCCCGCCCAACAACACCACCCAAACGACUACUAUUACAACAACAACAAUCCACACCACCACCAGCAGCAGCAAGAUCUUCUUCUUAAUCAAGAAUCCAGACAAGCAACCCUUCUCCAGCAGCAGAACAUAACGUCCAAGUUGGGCUUUCCCGUAAGGAAACUUAACGAUGCGGGUAAAAUUCCACUCGCCCAGAGUCCAGUGCAUAUGCGUGCGUCAGAGUUUUGGAGGAAAAAGGAGGCCGAAGUGACUGGCGUGGCAGUGGGACCUAAUCCCAAUCACAAACGGUAUAUGACCCGCAUCCGUUCCGCAGACUCUUCCCCGUUGCCAAUACCUCGGAUGAGAAACUCUCCAGGAGCCAUUCUCCAAAAUUCUAAUGAGUCCAUCUCGUCUCUCAGCAGCUUUUCGGAGGCUCAGAGUCCACACAUGUUCGGUGGGGUCAGGAUGGGUCGGAAAAUUCUGAAUUCCGGCGGCGACUCGACUAGUCAUGGGCAUAAUUCGAUGGCAAACAACGGAUCUCCUCUGCAUGGUGGUGGAGGAGGGUACAUGGCCGUUACAAACUCCGUGGUUAACAAGCAAGGAGGAGGUGGGGUUGACAAUUUUGGAAACACUGCUUCUCCACCAUCCAACCAUCCUCAUCAUCAUCCGUACCCACCACCGCUUUCUUCUUCAUCGUCUCGACAGGAAUCUGGUCUGUCAAAAUCAGAUCGAGAAAAAACUCCAGUCUCGGCAUGUGAGCGACUAAAAGUGCGAAACCCAUCGGCCCCAGAGACAAAGGAGGAAUCCAAUAAAGUCCUCCGCUCCCUGGUGGAACUGGACAAUGGGAAGAGUCCAGGCAGGAAUUUAGAGGAUGCGUUGAAUGAGUUGGAAAAUAUGUACAAAUCACUCCGAUUGUCCGACGAGGAUUUGCUAGACCGGGCAGAACGGAGAGAUUUGCCCACCGCCCACCAGGAACUGAGGAACGCACCGCUCAUCCCACUCCCACCUUCGUAUCAAAACCACCCACAAGCUUUCCGCUAUGAAGACCAGCCACCCAGACUGGGAUCUGUUGACUCACUCGCGACGGGCAGUCUGAGCUCCACGACGGGCAGUGGGGGCAGUGGGACGACUAAUUACUCCUCGGACAACAAUAACCCCAGGGUUCGUGCACCCCCAUCGAGACGGUCAGCGCGACCUGACACCAUUCAAGAUGACAUGGCUCGACGAAGAUUUGACAGCCCGGAAACAAAGCAACCACUCGACCCGAGAAACGUCGUCUCGAAAACGGGCUCUUACAUGAUACUUUCUCCAGCUUUCUCUCCACCUGUCUCACCCUGCCCCCCAGAAACGCUGCCUCUCUCCUUUUACGGCAACUACAACCAGGACGAGCCCGACCUCACCUUGGACGACGUGACCUUUCGUCAGUACAAGAAGGCCAACGCUAUCCGAAUAAUCGACCCCCAACCGAAAUUUGGCAUCCCACUCGGACCCAUUACCGCCGCACCAGGGACUGACUAUCUCCACUCGAAGCGAUCCGAUCGUCUCCGUCCCCUCUUUCGAGCCACUAAAAACCCCGACCUAGUCAACGACGAUAUCGCCUUUCGAAACCUUCGGAAGGAUUUGAACAGUGACAACAACCUGAGCAAAGACUGGACCCCAAGGUUGUUCUCCCCAACAUCCGGGAGAGAAAGUGGUAAUGCGUUCACUUACAAUAACAAUGUCCACUCGCCGUUGCCCGCAUCGGAUAAAAAGUUGCGAGCGAUCCGUUCCCUCUCUGCCAACAUUACCAACUAUUUUAUGGACCACUCUUUCAAUCAGAGUGAGAUCGGGAAGUGGAACAGCUUCACGGAUUUGCAUCGUCAAACUAGUCCGAGUAGAAGCGGCGUUGUUGGCAGUCAACCGCAGCAGCAGCAGCAGCAACAUCGGGCUUUCAACUACUAUCGAGGAGGAGGACGACAAGAUCCAAGUUGGGUAGAGCAAGUGGAAUCCAGCGUGAGAGGAGGUUCUAAUAAUAAAUUCCUUCCUGAGGAGCCAGAAUAUUGGGAAAGAAAGCUGCCGAGAAAAACGGUGCAGUUAACUCCGGAUUUGUACGACCCUACGAAAGCCAGGAGACCAUGGACGGAUUUAAUAUUUGAGACUUUUGAAAAAGAAGAAAUGGAGCGAAUUGCUGCUGCAGAGGCAGCUGCGGCUAAUGCUAAUGUCAAUUCCAACGGUAUUAAUGACUCCACAAAGGCUUUGACUCAUCUAAACAACAGUCUUGAGACUACUCACAAAACUGUUGGGGACGAGUUGGAUGAUGAUGUUUUCUUGGAUGCGAGAGACAAGUCGAAAUCCACUUCACCCGAAGAUCGAAACAGUCAGCAGAAUAAAAUGUUAACAAACUAUGCAAAUUUCCCGGAAACCUAUUCUUCCACAACCAUACCACCACCACCAGAAACAGAAGGCAAGCCCACAACGACGACCACGACGACAACGUUCGCCAUGUUACCAGGUCAAUAUAACCCUCGUCGUGGGAGUUGGGUCGAGCCAUCGCGAAUAUCUUCCAGCUAUCUUUCAGCAUCAGACUACGGAACGGAGCAGGAUGACCAGAGACGAAAAAGUUGGUCUGAUAUUCCAAAGGAUCAUCAUCAUCAUCAUCAUCUUGAUCAGAAGGACGAAGAUGGGAACAAACUUUUUAAUCCGAUCUGCUCUCCGAGGAAAAUUAAACAGAUAAACUUGGGCCAAUUCAAUUCCUCGUCGACUUCGAAUCCAAUUGAGGAGCUCAAUUACCAGAAGGAGGGGGAACGAGUGCAGGAAUCUGAAAAACAACAUCAGCACAAAACGGCCCAACAAAUUCCAGGAGGAGCACCAGCAGAAAGCAGUAAUAUUAGGAACACAAAGGGUGAAGCAGAAUUGAACGCAUUGAUGGAUAUGCUUAUCUACCAGGCCGACACAUGUGGUCCUGAUACUGCAAAUAGCAAAAGCAAAACAACCCGUGUCAACGUCAGCUUAUCUUCCGCAGAGACCGGGCAUGAGGAGGACGAACAACUUUUCAACUUGAGAAGCAACACGGAAUCUGAAUCAAACUUAGCUAGCAAGCCUACUCCCAUUCCAACGUCGUCGUCGUCCUCAGGAACGACGACACAAAAGGAUAGUUCAGAAAGAAACCGGAUGGUUGUGCCAAAAAUUCCACAAAAAGAAUCCCAAAUUGAUGAGCCAACAAAAAGAAGUAGUCGUGGUGCUACUAGUGGUGGAUCUGGUGGUGGUGGUGGGGACAACAACAUGUCAAAGCAGAGAGAUGCUCUCCUCCUCGGAGAAGGCGAAUCAUCUCCUCCUCCCGAAAUUGUUGGCGUCUCGAGAAAGACGACAACGACUCAUCCAACCAAGCGACACGAGGGUGAUUCCGAUGAGAUCAGUAUCAAACAACGAAUUGACAAUAAUAAUGCCACCAUCAACACGACAACCACCAUUACUGACUCUAAUUUGACCCCAAAUUACUCAACUUCAACAUUCACCACAACAAAUACUAGUAUAAAUCCGACAUCAAAUGAAAAUGAGCCAUUCAUCACAUCCACCACGUCUCGAGACCCCGGCUCAAUCGGUGCUCUCAUUGAUUCCAUAAACGAAUCUCUCCCAGCACUAGAAACGUCUUCGGGACGUGCCUCCUCCUCCACGGGCAAGUCGCAUGGGAGCAGUUUGUCCUCCACGGGGAGUGCAAGUCCGCCAUCCGUGCCGAGUCCGAGACCUGCGAGUCCAUUAUCAAUCACAACGAUCACACUAUUGACACGGCCACAUCAUCACCAUUCCUCAACCUCGUCCUCAUCCACCCACUCGUCCUACCAAGACGACGACGUCACGACGACUGAUUCCAUUACCCUCGUUGGCGAAGGCAAGGUGACCGAGGGAGAGGGAUUGUCUUCCCCAAAUAAUAAUAACUCCAUCCCGGCGGAGAAAGCGGAAGUUGAUGAUGAGACGGAUAACCAGUUUCCGGUCGAGACGAGGAGACGUUCCUCCACGACGAGUAGUAGUAAUAGUAGUCAGCCCGGUCCUUCUGGGAUGUCAGCCUUGGAGAAGAAGUUGUCCGAAGAAGAACCUCCUCGGGAGACCAGAGGAACGAACGAGUUACGAAAAUCGCGUCGAAACGUUGUGGAGAAAGGAGUCCCCAACUUUCUCCUCCGUCCCAGAGCAACUGCAGCAGCCCAAUCUCAAUCUCAACCAGAUCCUGGCCAUGUGUCAUCUUCCCCCAAAACGUGUAAAACAACUGAUGGGGGUGAUGAUGACGAUGGUGGUGGAGCCAGUAGGGACAAAAGCCACCAGAGGAAAUCCCAUCUUAACCACCGAACUUUCACUGAUGAACCCGUCCCAGUCGACUCAUCUUCAUUCCAUCCUCCUGCUACGAUAAACACUUCUUCUUCUUCCGAGAUCAAGCAGUCUGGCGGAGUGAGUGGUGGUGGUGCUACUGGCUCAUUUUCAGUCACGGAGAAUCAAAGAGGGACCAAGCACAGCAAGUCAACUUGCAUUUACAAAGUUCCGCCGAUCCCUUCAAUUCUAACGACGAAUAAUCACGCGAGCAUUCCAAACGGUAGUAGUAACGUAGUGGCGGCCGAUUGGAGGGACGGCGAAGGAGGAGAAAGCAACAGUGGAGGGCGAUCUUCUGAUGGUAGCGGACGUAGUAGAAGUCGUAAUGGGAUGUCUGGGAAGGCAGGAGUAGCAGAUAACUCAAUUAGCGCAAGACAGCUGCCCCCAAGUCCUUCUUCAUUGAAGCUUAAGCCCACCUCGCCCAACAUUGCUAAUAAAGUUGAGACCUUUGAGUCCACCAGCAGUAGGAAGAGCCCGUUGGUCAAAGCGGACUCGUUUUCGGAUGCUGAGGGCGUUUCAUUCAUUAAGAAACUUUUACAAAAGGAGAGCAUGAUGGGAGUAAAACAAAAAGAACUGAUGCAACAGCAGCAGCAGCCCUUUUUUCUCAAAAAGAGCCCGAGUGCAGGGAGUACAAAUUGGUCAAAGUUUUCCAAUGGACAGCCAAUAUUUUUCAAAAAGUUUUUCGAAAAGGGCACUAAAAAAGGAGAUGAAGGGGGAAAAGGUUGGGAAAAUAUCAAUAGUAAUGCAAAUGCCACUACUACUACUACUACGCACGAUGAUAAGAAUCAUGCGAGUGAAAGCGGAGAAAGCCACAAAAGCUCAUCAAAUCUUGAUUCAAAUUCAAAUUUCACAACCUUCACCACGGGCAAUGAUUAUACGGACGAGUGCGAGGAUAAAGAGUACGGCGCCGUGCUGCUCGAUGAUACCGCUGAAGACUCCACCUUAACGAACAAUAAGAGAUGCAGUGUAGCUCAGAAGGCCUCCUACUUUAUGAAGUUGGAACAUGAUCAGCGGUUCAGCAAGUGGAGAAAGAAUUCCCACGACGAACAACUCCCUCCUUCUUCGUCUGCCGCUUCACCUUUGCCCACCACGAAGAUCAAUCCGACAACAAGUCUUCAUCUGACAGGAGGAACAACGCCUGCUUAUCGACAUCCGUCUGAUGGUCCGUCUGACAGCGGAAGAUCAAGGUCUCAACAGCUUUCGAUGGAGGUCCAGCCAGCAAAAAAUUGUGGAGAUGGAGAUGCUGCUACUGCAACUGCCACAAUUGAUGAUUCCAUUACAAUAGAUCAGCAUCUCGGACAAGGUAACAACGCGGGUGACGAUGUUGACGAGGAUGAUGAUGCCAUGGAUGGAGAAUGUUCGCUUGUUGAGCCGUCCAAACUAAGCCUCAAGGAUCGAGUCUACCUCUUUGACAAACUUAUUGCCGUUGGUGGAAAACAACCAGUCUCGUCCUCGUCGUGUGCCCCAACCCCGUUGCUGCUCCCAGUCUCCGCCAUACCUGUAGUUUCGUCGUCGUCUAAAACGGGAUUUCCCGUCAUCCAUUCAUCUUCCGCCGUUAUGGCAUCGACGACUGGGUUGGUGCCACAGGGGAGAUCUUCUUUCCUCCCGAUGAAGAUCCAACAACCCAGAGUUAUCACGGAAGAUAGAGCAGUUAUUGGUCCUGUUAAAAACAACAGUGCAUUUUUUACGAGGCGUGGAUCCACCUCAGAUCUGGAACUGAAUCCUCCAAAAUAUUCGCAACAAAAAUUUAUGGUCGCGACAGCAUCGACGGCGACGACUCGAAGUUCGAAAACUAGGUCAAUGUACGUCAACAAUGAUGAUUUAUCCGAGGACGGGGAAGUCUCGUCUGGUGGGCAGGAAGUUGCGGAUAUUAUUUCGCGAUCGUAUGAAAAUUCGCCAGUAGCACGGAAAAAAUCUCUCAAAACUGCCCCAAAACAACCCACGCUGCUCAGCAAGGAGAUCUGGCGUCGGUGUAACGAGCAGGAGAAAGUACAGGAGAACUUUUACCCGGCUCAUUUUGCCCCCCAACAAACGUACAAAGUCACAACAAACGUAACCAGCCAUAGCGUCGUCGUCCCCCUUGAUCCGCGUGGUGCUGACAAGAAUAACACGGUCAUCAAUGAACCAAUUCAGCCCACGAAUCUUCAGGGACAAUCCAAUCCAAACUCAAAUUCUGAUCCUCCAACUCUUUCCCCUCCAACAACUUCCAAUCUCCUCCAGAUUUUAACAGUGCUAACUUCAUCGAAGGAUGAAUUGGAUGAUGACGCUGAAAAUAACAGAGUUUCAGUUUCAACCCAGCAGCAGCAACGACAACGGAGACGAGCAGUUUCGGAACAACAGUUUGCAACAUCGCGUACGAGAAGUGGAACCUCUCCGCUGGGGAAUAUUCCUGACAAUGAUGCCAGUUCAAUCUGCUUGGCAGACAGGAGGAAGAGUAAUUUAAAUUCAUCUAGAGUACCACUACCACCACCACCAGCACUACUACCAUCGAGUAGUAGUAGUGGCCCAAGUACAACAAGCCAUCAAGUCCACAUCCCCCAGCCGGAUGAUGAGUCAUUCCAAUUGUUUUUUGGCAAAAGUGUCACUCCGCAACAAGCAGGGGGCUCAAUCUCAAUCCUGCCCAAUGGUGGUGAUCACGACGGCGACGAUGAUGAUGAUGACGAUACUGGUGGAAUAAGUAGGAUUAAUUUAUCUGGUGAGAACGGGUCGAAUGCAGAUACGGAAAUGAAUCUUGUCCAGAGAGAAAGUGAUUUACUCGUAAUGAAGAAAAAUGUUCCUGCUCUGGCACGACGGAAAUCCAGUGGUGGAAAGUCGAGCAGAAAUCCGGUGAAAGCACUUGCUGCGCGGAUUGAUUCGCGUAAUCAGUGGUACACGGAGACUACGAGUUCUUUGGUGGAAAUGGUGAAGUCGGACGAGGAGGAGGACGUUGCUGCUGAGUAGUUGUGAAAUUGACGUGAAAAGCUCUCAUUCAUUAAAUACCAAACCCAUCUGGGAAUAAAGUAAUUAAAUGUGUGCGGAAUAAUUAUGUAACAAACGGCUAAACGGGAAGGAUUCUAGUGAUAUAUUUAUUAAGUUAAUGGUCUGUGCACAUACAUAAUGCGGAGAAAAUGACCCUGAAUCCAAAACAUGUAGAGAAAGCGCAACGCAUUAGUCUCUCUAACUGUAAAUUAGGUUAUGGCAAUAUAUUCACGAUUAAUUAAUGCAUCUCUUAUCGUUGUUGUCACAUACAAUUUUUAACUAGACUUGAUGAGUUAGGAUAAUUACAAGAAGAUAAUCUAUGAUCGAUAAUAAAGUGUAGAACAUGUAAAAUAAAAUCGAAUUGGUAUGGUUUGACACCACAAAAUGUAAAAAAUAUAGUUAAAAUUAUUUAAUGUGGCAUAGGUCAGUUUGCAUUGGAAUCUGUAAUACGGUCACCGUACGGAUAAGCUAGCUAUGGAUAAGCUAUAAUCUAUUGUCAUUAUUACCAAUUAAUUACUGGGUACGCCAUGCUGCUGAUAUUAUUAGUAUAGCGAUGACCUAUGCCAAUCAAUAUUACUUAAAUAAAAAUGUACUCGUACACAUAAUGGAACAUAAUAAUAAAAUGAAAAUAGUCAUGCGUCAUAAAAACUGA